AUGACAACCUUUUUCCUCGGCAGCACCAGAGUUCCUCAGUAUCAUAGCACUUCAGCUCCAAGGCAUUCACAAAAGACUUCAUCAACCAAACAGUCAUCAGAAAAACCUCAAAGUCCUACACAAAAAUCACGCGAGCCACGCAAGAAGCCUUCGACCAGAGCCAUUACACCCGUGCCAGAUCUGCAACACCCAACUCCUUCACCUCCAGAAACAACUACUGUCAAAAUGUCUUCUCCAACCAAGAACACGGUUCCCCCGGCCACCUCCACUAACCCCGUCAACCUCAGCAACACCGCCACCACCACCAACCCCAACAACUACCUCAACACCGCUAACACCAACAAGUCCAUCAGCAAUGAUGGCUCCGGCAAAUCUCUCCCCAUGCCUGGCCUUUCGGGGUCGGCCAACGGACCAGUCGGCAACCUCCUCAGAGGUCCCGUUGAUGAAAACGGAAAGCUCAAGGAUGCCGGUCUCAUGGUCGGUAUCAAGCUUGACCUUGAAGCCGAGGUUCACCUUACCGCAAGGGUCCGAGGUGACAUCCUUAUUGGGCUAUACUAG